AUGUCCUCCUCCUCGGAAAACCUACCAGCAAGUCCCGCUGCUAUCAACAGAACAGAAUCUCACUCAUCUUCUUCUUCAGAUCCAAUCUCUGAACCAACACCAUUACAAUUUGAACAUCUCACUCCAGUCCCAGACGCUUCUCCAGCAGGGUCCAUUCACAAAAAAAAUUACUUUGAUGAAAAACCAACAACAACAACAACAACAACAACACCACCAGCCAACUUCUCAUCUUCCGAUACUGACGAUGAAAAAAGAGAAGAUGAUGACGAUGACUACCACAGGUUCCGUGCAGGAACUCUUUCGCCAGCAUUAUCCCGUGCAAGCUACCGAUCAUCUCGCUCUGGGUACAGCAAACGAGACAUUUAUGGCGACACGCCGGACGAACAAAUUGCCCUGGAGCGAGCCAAAACAAUCGAACAAGUCGUGUCCCGUGUCACCACCCAUCGUCACAUUGACGACGUGGUUCCAGAAGAAACAGAAAACGGGCUCCCCGAUGAUGGUGAACAGUUUGUCGAUAUUGAUCCAGAGUUAGUCACCUGGGAAGGUGACGACGAUCCGGAAAACCCCCGUAAUUGGCCCAAAAAGAAAAAAUGGGUCACAACAAUUAUUGUCGCAGUAUACACCUUUAUUUCUCCCCUAGCAUCUUCCAUUAUUGCUCCAGCAGUCACAAACAUGUCUGAAAACUUACAUGUUACAAAAGAUAUUGAAAAAUCCCUUACCGUUUCCAUUUUUGUCCUUGCUUGGGCCAUCUGUCCAUUAUUUGUGGCCCCGCUUUCUGAAGUUUUUGGCCGCAGAGUUGUCCUUAACAUUGCCAUUGUUCUCAUGACUAUCUUUAACAUGGCAUGUGCUCUUUCUCAAAAUAUUGCUCAGUUGCUUGUUUUCCGAUUCUUGGCAGGUUGCGCAGGUGCCCCGCCUCUGUCGAUUGGUGCAGGCACCAUGGCAGAUCUUUUUAACGACAGAGAGCGCAAUACUGCAUUGGCUUUGUAUGCUGUAGGCCCAACAGUUGGCCCUGUUGUUGCACCCAUUAUUUCAGGCUUCAUUGCAGAAAAUACAACUUGGAGAUGGGUUCUAUGGGUGCUGACAAUCUUCAAUGGUGUCAUUGCCGUAUUGGGGUGUAUUUUUUAUCGUGAAACUUAUGCUCCAGUUUUGCUCCAAUGGAAAGCUGCUCGACUACGCAAAGAAACAGGUAAUGAGCACCUUCAUACAGUUUUCGAAAUCACCAAGGAACCCUUUCUCAAACAGCUUUACACUGCAGUAACCCGGCCUCUGCGCUUACUUAUGAUGCACCCCGUUGUCCAAGGUUUGGGUCUUUACAUGGCGUUUGUGUAUGGAUUUAUGUAUCUGAUGCUGGUCACUUUCCCCGCAUUAUGGACCGAAAAAUAUGGCUUUAGCCUCGGCAUUGCUGGCCUCAUGUACCUUUCUCUGGGCAUUGGCUUUUGUUUAGGGCUCUGGUUUUGGGCAUGGAUUAUCCAAUGGGCCUAUCUCAAGUUGACUGAGCGUAACGGCGGCGUGGCCAAGCCUGAGUACCGUAUCCCCAUGGCUCCCUUAAGUGGUGUAUGUCUAGGCAUUGGACUAUUGUGGUAUGGAUGGAGUGCUCAGGCCCAAAUUAUGUGGUUGAUGCCAUGCAUAGGAACUGGAAUUUUUGCCUUUGGCAUUGUUGCUGUGUUUCAGUGUAUUCAAAACUACCUGAUUGAUAUGAACCCGCGCUUCUCGGCUUCGUCCAUGGCAUCUGCCCAGGUUUUUAGAUCUUUCUUAGGCUUUGGUUUCCCGCUCUUUGGAAAAGCCAUGUAUGACAAGCUGGGCUAUGGCUGGGCCAAUACAAUUAGUGGACUUCUUUGUUUUGUCUUGGGCAUACCUUUCCCCAUUUUUGUCUACAUUUAUGGAGAACGUUUGCGUAACUGGGCAAACAAAAAGUUUACUUGA